AUGAAUACUUUGGCAGACUACGGGGAUGAAAGCGACGAAGAAUCACCGCGACGACGUUCAUUUGUGGUUGAACGUGAGCCAGCUGAAGUAGCUAGUUCCACUAAUUCCCAACACAACAGCACGCAUUCAUCCCCGCAUCAUAAAAGUCCUGAUGUUUCACCGAGACCAAGAAGGGAUUCUGAUAUGAUGUUUGAUGGAAUAAGGGCGCCACUGAGUACCUCUCCCUCCCGAAUUACAUUUUACCCCGGAGACGGCGACAUGAUGUUCGAUGAGCCACGUCGUUACUCUUCGUUUAGUGAUCACAGCGAUCAUAGCGAUACCGCAGAAUUUCGGGAACCACCACCACCGAAGAGGAAAGUGGACCAUUCUCCAUCACCAUCUCUUCCUACCCCAACAAGCAAAAUACCUCAAGUUUCAUCAGCUGUUUCCCUUGUCUCAUACAGUGGUGCCGAAGAUGAGAAGGAAGAUGCUUUUGAAAGAGCCGAUCGUGCAGCUGAAAACGUUUCGCGACCAGCGUCACCACCAUCAGGAAUGGUGGAACCUCGGCCGCCGGAAAGAGUCAGCCAGGACAGCGAAACCGAUGACGAAAAUGAGCGGCUCAUAGAUAUGGCUCUCGAGGAUGGCCGCAAUGCCAUGAAACAGAUCGAAGACGGAGGAUCCACGGGAUCUGGCGGUUGGACGCCACGCCCAUAUGACAGCCCAUUACAUGGAGUAGAUCAUGAGAUUGAUUCAAAGAGAGUCGACACACCACCUCAUCAAGAAGUUAAUAUACCACCAGCACCAACUACCGAGUGCGACCCAGAAUUGGUGGAGAUUUUUUACAAACAUUUUGAACGGAAGGCAGCUGGCAUUGACGUAAAUGUUUCUGUCCAAGCACGAAAGGACUUUCAAAACCCUUCCAGUUAUGAACAAUUGAUUUUAAACUUUGGAAUUGAUGAAGUUGCAACUCUUCUGCACCCGAAAUUGCUUACGGUGAACUAUCCUCGAUGUUGCCGAUACGAAAAAAUAGCAGAGGACCAGAGGAAGCAUAUGGACAGUAUAGCAGCAGCAAAGAAAGGAGCAUCUAGCGGAGCGUCUUCAUCAUCAGCUACAGUUAAAAAGAAGGGCUGA